CUCAGUUUCGCCUCAAACAAAAACCACAUUAGUAUGUUUGAAAAACUAUGCUGAAAGUAGUGCAGUUAGUUUACUGAAACUAUCCUUUCUCAUAGACCGAAAAUUGAAAACAACGUACUAAAGCAAUGUGGUUAUCUACCAAUAUAUUGAUUUGGAUUCUUGUAAUUGGGAUUUUUGGAUUUUCUCAUGCAUUCUUUGAUCCAAUCACAGGGAUUGCCGGUGGUAUUGCAGUAGGACUGGGUUUGUUGAAUAUUGAUUUUCUGAAGGAAAACACAUAUUGUAAAUUCAGUGAGUGCUGUAUUGCACCUUAUCUGAAAACAGAUAUUGAUGGUUUGCGUCGACAAUUGCAACAUCGCUUGUUUGGGCAACAUAUAGUGCAAGAAACAUUGAUUAACGCACUUGGUGGGCACUUUAGAAACAUAAAAAAUUCUCGAAAACCGUUGGUGAUGAGCUUUGAUGGUACAACUGGUACAGGAAAGAAUUUCGUAUCUGAUUUUGUGGUGACAUCUUUAUACGAAAAAGGUUUUCAAAGUAAAUAUGUUCACAAAUUCACAGCUGAUUUCUGGAUCACAAAUCCUUCGUUUGAGAUUAUACUUGUAACUACAAUAAAAGAAGCGGUUAAAAAGUGUCCACACUCACUGUUUAUUUUUGAUGAGACGCAAAAAAUGCCCAAAGGAGCGUUUGAUUCUAUAGUUACGCUUUUAGAUCACCAUUAUUCGCACAAGGGAUAUGACUUUUCAAAAGCUAUUUUCAUUUUCCUCUCGAACAGUGCGGGUGUCGAGAUCGCACGAAAACUGAAGUCCAUUAUUGAUUCUGGUCGUUGGAGAGACAAAACGACGUUGCAAGAUUUUGAGCGUAUCGCCGAAUUAGGUGCAUAUAAUAUGUUAGGUGGAUUACAAGAGAGUGGUCUCAUAAGUUCGCAUGUUAUUGACCAUUUCGUACCAUUUCUGCCAUUAGAACCACGCCACGUAGAGCAAUGUAUUAAACAGGAAUUCGAACAAUUUUGUCCAUUUGAAGUAACUGAUCAAAAAAUCAGUGAUGUUGUGAGGAUGGCCGUUACCUUGGAUGAAACUGGUACGUUCCAAAAUAACGGGUGCAAACGCAUCAGCAAAAAAGUAGAGGCGUUGUGUUACAGUUAGGAUCAAUGUUACAUUAAAGAGCGUCAUGUGAUCUGCGACAAUAAAGUAAGAAUAAAUUGAUAAAUCUGCA